CUGUCAGCCCCGACCUCCCGCGGCGGGGACGAGCCGGGGAAGGGAGCGAUGCGCCUCGCCUGGACGGUGCUCCUGCUGGGGCCGCUGCAGCUCUGCCCGCUCCUGCGCUGCGCCCCGCAGGCCACCGGUCCGCAGCAGCCCCCUCGCGAGCCGCCCGCCGCCCCGGGCGCCUGGCGCCACCAGAUCCAAUGGGAGAACAACGGGCAGGUGUUCAGCCUGCUGAGCCUGGGCGCGCAGUACCGGCCGCAGCGCCGCCGGGACCCGAGCGCCGCCGCCGCGGGUGCCCAGGGCGCCCCGGUCCCGCAGUCGCAACCGCAGCCGCGCACGCCGAUCCUGCUGCUGCGCGACAACCGCACGGCCGCUGCGCGGGCGCGGGUCGCCGGCCCCUUCGGGGUCGCCACCGGCCGCCCCAGGCCCGCUGCCCGACACUGGUUCCAGGCUGGCUACUCGCCCUCUGGGGCUCGCGACGCGCCUAACCGGACGGCAUCGGGACAGCUCCCCGAGCUCAGCAACCUGCGGCCGCCCAGCCACGUGGACGGCAUGGUGGGCGACGACCCGUACAACCCCUACAAGUACUCCGACGACAACCCUUAUUACAACUACUACGACACGUACGAGAGGCCCCGGUCGGGUAGCAGGUACCGGCCGGGAUACGGCACCGGCUACUUCCAGUACGGUCUCCCAGACCUGGUGCCCGACCCCUACUACAUCCAGGCGUCCACCUACGUGCAGAAGAUGUCUAUGUAUAACCUGAGGUGUGCCGCGGAAGAAAACUGUCUGGCCAGUUCAGCAUAUAGGGCAGAUGUCAGAGAUUAUGAUCACAGGGUGUUGCUAAGAUUUCCCCAAAGAGUGAAAAAUCAAGGAACAUCUGACUUCUUACCAAGCCGCCCGAGAUAUUCCUGGGAAUGGCACAGUUGUCACCAACAUUACCACAGCAUGGAUGAAUUCAGCCACUAUGACCUGCUGGACGCCAGCACACAGAGGAGAGUGGCUGAAGGCCACAAAGCAAGUUUCUGUCUUGAGGACACCACCUGUGACUAUGGGUACCACAGGCGAUUUGCGUGUACUGCGCACACACAGGGGCUGAGCCCUGGCUGCUAUGAUACUUAUGGGGCAGACAUAGACUGCCAGUGGAUUGAUAUUACAGAUGUACAGCCUGGAAACUACAUUCUAAAGGUCAGUGUAAACCCCAGCUAUCUGGUGCCUGAAUCAGACUACACCAACAACGUUGUGCGCUGUGACAUUCGCUACACAGGACACCAUGCCUAUGCCUCAGGCUGCUCAAUUUCACCGUAUUAGAAAGCAAGCCAAAUCCCCAGUGGAUUAAUCAGUGCCUGGUGUUCUGAAGUGGGAAAAAAUAGAUUAGCAUCAGUAGGAUUUACGUAUUUCAAAAAGAGGACAGAAAACAACAAAGGAAUUUUUGUUUGGACUGUUUUACAACAAAGCACAUAACUGGAUUUUGAACAUUGAAAUCAGCAUUACUUGGGAAUUCUUAAAUUCUUACAUUACUUUGUGAAGUAACACAGUGUUUCAAUUCUGUUGUUGCAUACUUAGUUCUUUCAAA